AAGAUCUGUGUCAGCAAGGUGUGUUGACAUGAAGCCGAGUGGGAUCUCUGUCCAGGUGUGACCUUGAGAGCCAUCCCUGACUGUGGGGAGAUCCUGUCGUGCAGCCCUUUGCUGUGCAGGAGAGCUCAAGGGGCACUUGGGCUGCUCCCUGUUUAGGGGUAAGAUGACUGCCUCCUUGCUAUGCAUUGUCUUUAGGCACACAGUCCAUGUACCCUCAGCUGUUGAACCGGGUGUCAGUUCUUUGUGCCACCCAGUUGGAGUCAGCUUUGUGAUUUGUAAUCAGCUUCAGCCAGAGCAUUACCAGUGCUGUUGCUGCUUGUGUUCCUGUGCAAGGCCUGCUGUGCCAUCCCCCAGGCAGUGCCCUGCAGAUGGGCUGUGGAGGGCUGGGCUGGGACAGGGACUGCUGCGUUCCCUCACAGCUCCCCUGCCAUUUCUCUUGUCCCUGCAGGCUCCAGUUCAACUUCUGCCUUCCAGCUGGGAUCAUUUCAGCUGCAGGAGAGCAGCAGAUGGCCACAGCACAUGCAUCUCAGCCCCCAAACCCAUGCUGAUCUUCCUGCUUGAAGGAGGGGAAGAGCCCUGGAUCCCAGAUGUGCGUAGCCCUGAGGCCGUGCCAGGAGACCUCAGCCCAGCAGGAACUGGGAUUGCAGAUAUGCUGGAGGACCUGCAGGAAAGUGGUGUGGCCGAAAGGCGGUGGGGUGGUGUCUGUGUGGAAGAAAUCAGAAGGGAUGUCCAAGGAGGCCUGGAGCAAGGUCAGGGUGAGCAGCUCAUGGAGCCACUGGGAAAGGGUCUGGGAAAGACAGGGAGGAGCCCAUUGGACUUCAGCGUAGGUGAAAAGGAGCCUGAGGAACCCAGGAGCAAGAAUGUGUGCCAGCAGAAAAAGCAGAAUCCAUGCACUGAGUGUGGAAAUGGCUUUGAAAAAGAUUCCAGCAUCGUUAACCACCAGUGCAUGCGCUCAGCAAUGAGGCCAUACAAAUGCUGUGACUGUGGGAAGAGCUUCAGAUGGAGAUCCCUCCUCAUCUCCCACCAACGCAUCCACACGGUAGAGAGACCCUACGGGUGCUCAGAGUGUGGGAAGAGCUUCAAAAGGCGCUCUGAUUUGAAGAAGCACCAGCGCCUCCACUUGGAGGACACAGCUUUCAAAUGCCCUGAGUGUUGGAGGAGUUUCAAAGCCAGCUGCCUCCUCAACCAGCACCGACUCGUCCACACGGAGGAGAAACCCUACAAGUGCUCUGUGUGUGGGAAGAGCUUCAGAUGGAGAUCCCGCCUCAUCUCCCACCAAUGCAUCCACACGGCAGAGAGACCCUACGGGUGCUCAGAGUGUGGGAAGAGCUUGAAAAGGCGCUCUGAUUUGAAGAAGCACCAGCGCAUUCACACAGGAGAGAGACCUUACAAAUGUCCUGAGUGUUGGAGGAGCUUCAGAAACAGUUCCACGUUGAAACGCCACCAGCGCAUCCACAGAGGGGAGAGAGCUUUUCAGUGCCCUGAGUGAGAGAAGAUCUUUAAACGCACAUCUGAUCUCAACGCCCACCAGCGCAUCCACAGCGCACACAGGCUGAAGAAGCAUCCCAAGGUACGGCCGACCUUCAAAAGCAAAUCCCUUGAGCAGAGGAAGAGCUCUGCAGCCAAACUCAAUGCUCUUUCUCUUUCUUUGCACAAGAAUUAUGCAUAAUGCUCUCCUCCAGCUGCAGUUGCUGUGUUGAGCGGCCAAACAAAGGAGAAUCCAGAGUGGGAUGUGUCACAGCCACUGGAAACCCUCUGCCAGGUGGCCCGUUUCUGGCAGGGCUGUGUGCAUGAGAGUCACCUCUUACCUCCCCUGCAGAAACUCCUGUGCUGUGGGGCAGCACAAAGGAAACCUCAGCUUUGCUGAUACGUCACCAGGAAGGAAGAAAUCCUGUCUGCAGGGAGUGUGGGAAGAGCUUCAUCUGGAGCUCAACCUUCAGUCGACGCCAGAGAACCAACCCAAGAGGAGAGUCCCAGUGAGUGCCGUGACUGCAGGAAGAGGUCUGUCCACAGCUGGCAGUUCAUCACACACCGGUGGAUCCACGUGAGGAACCCUACAGAUGUGCAGCCUGCAAGAAGAGCUUUGGGCACAGCUGGAACCUGCUGAGGUACCAGAGUGUCUGCACUUGGGUGGAGUCCAAUCCGUGCCUGCACCAGUGAGUUCACGUGGCAGGAAGCCUUAGAAAUGCCUCAAGUGUGAGAAGGGCUUUGUGCAGAGUGCAGAGCUCCUCACUCACAGGAGAUGGCACUCAUGGAAGAAGUGCUACAAAUGUCCCAUGUGUGGGCAGAGCUUUUGCCAGGGGAUCCACUCAGUGCAGAGACCCUAGAAAUGCCUGCGCUGCAGGAGGAGCUUCAUCCUGAGCUUGAGCUCCAUUAAACAUUGCCCAGUCGAUGUGAUAAAGUGGCCCUGCAAGUGUCCCUGGUGCAGGAAGUUUCUCUCAGGGCUGGCACCUCAUUUCUCAUGGGAAAAACUCCUGCAGAGAGACCUUGCGGAUGCUGGCGAGCCCAAGGAUGAGGGAGAGCCCAAUUCUUCACCCCACACAGGAGGAGUUUGCAAAGGAGAUGGCACCACUGGCACCCUCUGCAGAAGGGAUUUAACCCAGGAGCUGCAGAUGGCCUUUCCUUGCUACCCAAAGCAGUUCUCUCACCACACUCGCUUUCCUCUCCUGCUCUGCCUGCCAGCAGCUUUCUGAUGCCGUUUCCUAAGGAGAAGCGGCUGUGCAGGGAUGUUCUAUGUGCCUGUGUGCAUGUGUUGCUCUCAGUAAUUUGUGAGUGCACUGAUGAACCUGAGGGAAGGGUCAGGAGAGCAGUAACGUGGCUCUUGGAGGUAUUCUGAGAAUCAUCUGUAGAGGAAAGGGAAGGGGGUGAAUAAAGUAGCUGAGUUGUUCUGAA